AUGCAUAUGCCGAAGAGUUGGGCCCAUAUGGGAUGUACAGAUUUCUACUGCCUAUCUGGUGCUGCGCAUAGUCUCUCCUCAUCUCGUGCCACAAGACCUUGCAGCGGGCUUGAGUUCUUCGAGCCCAGCUCCGGAUCACUAGUCGAAGCUGCGCAACUCUCGGAGAGCCAAUCGGACCACAGUCUGCAGUAUAUGCUGCCCGAUACGGACCUCGAGAACAUAUCUCCAGACAUGCAGCGCAUAGCCUGGCACGCUAUCAACAUCGUAGGUCGUCGUCUGGACAAAGGUCGCAUCCAUGAAGCAGCCACUUUCUCAAAUGUCCCGUCACUGAUUGGGAAUUAUCACGCAUUGAAGGCGAAGAAGUCUAGGAACAGCGCUCGGGGCAAGGAGAAAUCUUCCGCGGCGGUUGAGAACACAAUUCACGGACUCAUUGUCGACAUUGAGAUACGAGUAAAGAUGCACCUCGGACGCCCACUUGAGCCACAGAUCAAGCCACCAGCUGGCAUGAUACCCGCUUGUGCAACAGUCACAACAUCUAAGGACCCCUUUGCCCAGCUACAAGCGGCGAGGGCAGAAUAUCGGCAGACAGCAGUGCGAGCAUUGACACUGCUACCAGAUUACGACACUGACUCGCCAUCAGCCGAACAGUACGCGGAUCUAUGCAGUCUCUUCGACCAACUCCGGGUCCAAGAAUCCUCCUUCGCCGAGAUCAACAGCCUUGCCGGCGAUAAACGAGCUCUUAUUGCCGUUACCGAUUACCAAAUUGAGCACUUGUCCAUGGCAAUGAUACUCGCGUGUCACCUUGGUAGCAGUCGUUUGCCGGACACGAAGUAUCAACCUUCCCAGUUCACCACAGAUCUCAAUGGUGACUCGCAAAGCGCAUCGUCCGGCGUCACCGAGUACGUAUGGGACACUGUCAUCAUUACUGGGAUCUGCCGUCGACUCCUCCAGGUCUUCUCCUGUUUCACUCUGCAUGCGAGUGACCCAGAAUCGGAGACCUGGACACGAUCGUUUGCGGCAUACUCUGCGGCGACCAUAAUGUGUGUCUCUCUGAUGCAUUCGACCUCGCCGGCGGCUACGGAUCUGGCACUUGUGGAGACCACCAUGGACUACUUCCGCACGGUCAAGGUCAACGAGGAGUCUUCUUUCACCAACUUAGCUCAUGCCAAGCUGGAAGAACUUCACGCUCAGGUCACAGAGGUGGUCGGCGAUACCGUUGUCAACGCUGCCAAUUUGAUCAAGCAGGAGGUAUCCGAGACUCACAUGAAGACAAUCUCACGCGCCACAACGCCGGUCAGAGGCGGGCUCAAGCGUAAACGGGGAGGCCGAUCGGCAUCUGCUCCCAGAUCUGCCAAGCGGACGAAGGCUGAGGUGGACUUUCACCAUCAGCCACCGUCAGCCGCCCUCGACUACGGACAGGUGCUCCCCACAAAUACUGUUGACACGACAUGGACGAAUCUUGAACAACCUCCAAGAUAUCCGCAUGCGUACGAGUCAUCUGUACCAACGUCAGCAAGCUCCUCCUUCGGGGGCAGCUCAUUGCCGUUGGAGCAGGUUCCCACUUAUUAUAUUCCAGUGUUCGACACGGAUGUGUAUUUGAACAACUCUCUGCCACCGGCACCGGAAGAUUCCGAACCUCGCUAUCAGUUCCAUCCCCCUGAACUCGUUCCAUGGCCUCCUCGAGAGCCGAGCUAUUACUUGCAGCCUCAGUCAUCCGGAUACUGGCCGGCUCCAAGCAGGGCAAACGACAGUGCGAUGCCCGCCGCAGCGCAACUGCAGACGCCCGAUUUCAAUUCACCCAUGACGUCAUUGCAACAGAGCCCAUGGCAGUCCACGCAACCCAUUCCGCAGUGGACUGGACAACCUCAUCCCGAAUCACGACGGAGUUCAUCAGUUGGCAUCACAUCACGAAUGACUUCUUAUGUUCCUGAAUUCACGCAGGACACGCACUUCAUGUCCUCAGCACCAUAUCAGCAUAUUUACGGCGGUACAAGCACGCAUAUUGAUGUCAUGGGGAAGUCACCUGAGUACUACAAUGCGCCCCAUCACACUCACGGCAGUCAUGGCGAUACAUGGGUCCACGUAGAUCCCGCAGCAGAGUCCACGAGCGACUCCAAAGCUGCCACUGCCAACAACUCAAAGUCCGAACUGAAGCCAAUCACUGCCAAUGGAAAGCAGUCAACGAAGCCGCUGUGGUCGCAGAUCAUGGCCAGACCACCACCUCCAGCACCCUCGUCGACAGCUACUGCACCAUCAGCAGAAGCUAAUAUCACCCCUGCAUCCAUCAAAACCACUGGCACAGUCGACAAUGCUGCAAAGCAAAACUUGGGCAUCAACAUCAACGGGAGCACUCCUGGAACUCACAAGUCGACGACGAACUCCGACGUACCCAAGCGCGUUGCACCCGCCGCUAAGCAAGAAUCUCCAGUUACACCUACCAUGACCAAAGACCAAGCCCUCGCCCUACCAACAUCUCAUUUCGUUGACAGAGUCUCUCGGACCAAUGACCUCAUCGAAGACAUCUACAACUCCCCUAUCUCCCUGUCUGCUGCUGCCAGGAAACACGGCUUCGCUUCCGCCGAAGAUGCUGGUGUCGCGCUCGCUGUCUUCGCACAUCAGUCCAAACGCUUGUUACAGAGCCGUCGCGUGUACAAAGACACUAUGCUGUUGACAAUGGCCAAGGACAAGGACGGAUAUAGCGGACAAGACAUCGGCGAACUGUAUACUGAAGCUUGGAAUGAGAGGAAGGAGCAAGACAAGGAGAAGCAAGUGCAAGGUGUCAAGAGAAAUGAGGGGCAGUUGCGUGCGAGGCAACGCGAUCGUGAGAUGAAGCGUGAAGGACCGACGCCGGGACUGAAUAGUGCUGCAAAUGCUGGUAGGAAGAGCAUCGGCAGUGGGCGUAAAUCUGCUGCUUGA